AUGCCGCCCAAGACGCUAAUUGUCGCUGGCGCGGGGGUCGUGGGUCUCUCUAUCGCACGUACUGCUGCUCGUCGAGGCGUGGACGUGCUCGUACUUGAGAAGAACGCGCUCGUGGGACAAGAAACGAGCGCGCGCAACAGCGAAGUCGUGCAUGCUGGGAUCUAUUACGCCAAAACGAGCUGGAAAGCGAGACUUUGUGUCCGAGGUCGACAGCAACUUUAUGCCUUUUGCAAGGCGUUUCAUGUCCCAUUUGCACAAUGUGGCAAGCUCAUUGUCGCCCAGGCGCAUCAGAAGAACGAGUUGCAGUGGAUCCUCAAGCAAGGACUGGAUAAUGGUGUGCAGGACUUGAAGCUGCUGACACGAAGCGAGAUUCGAGCUAUCGAGCCCCACGUGCACGGUCACGAAGCUAUCUAUUCACCGUCUACUGGCAUUGUGGACUCGCAUUCACUGAUGCAGGCGUUGCAAGGUGAUGCAGAAGCACACGGUAUGAUGGUGGCAAGAGAGACUGCUGUACGUGGAGGCACGUAUGAUCCAAAGUCAAUGAAGUUUGUGAUCCAAGCGACGACUCGAGAUGGAAAAGAGGAUCAGGAAAUCGAGUGUGAUUACUUUGUCAAUGCUACAGGCAUGUUUGCACCGGAUCUAGUGGCCAAGGUGGUAUCGACUGAUGCGAAGACAUUGCGGUCCGUUCCAUGCCUCCCAGAACGGUUUGCGAAGGGUACGUACUUCAAGCUGAGCUCGACGAACAGGCCUUUUAGACGCCUGGUGUAUCCGAUUCCUGAAGUCGGUGGCCUCGGUGUACAUGCAACAGUUGAUUUGGCUGGCAAUGUCCGCUUUGGACCAGACGUUGAGUGGGUCGACCAAAUCGACUACCAGCCCGACUCGUCAAAAGCAGAGCAUUUCGCAGCGAGAAUUCGUGCGUACUGGCCGGACGUGCGUGCAGAACUACUGGAAGCUGACUAUUGCGGUAUCCGUCCCAAGAUCGCCAUUGGCGGCAAGAUCCAUGACGACUUCUACAUUGCAAACAAACAUGUGCAUGGCAUACCAGGCCUUGUGCACCUCUGUGGCAUUGAGUCGCCAGGUCUUGCUGCAUCGCUCGCGAUUGCAGAUACCGUGGUCGAUAAUCUGCUCGAUGGAGAGUGCGAGUUUGCUUGA